AUGUUUCGUUUCACGGAAGAGAUCGCCUGCGAUAAAACAAAGUGUCCUGGCCCGCUGAGAUACUACGAGGAGCUCAAUUGUACUCCAAUUUACGCGGCUGGCGACAAAUGUUGCCCGGUUGCGUUCGACUGCAGUCACCUGGACAAUCUAUCACGGGAUAAGUGUUACGUUAACGGACACGAAUACAACGUCGGCGAGUUGCUGAAGCCUGAGGAAUCCAAUCGUUGCGACGUUGCUUGUAGAUGUAUGUCAUUCGAGAACACGUAAGUGUGCGUGUCUGCAAUGUCACGUAUGAACUUAUGACAGUCGAUCGAUAAUUUCGUGUUUCGAGGCUGAUUGUUGCAACAAUCUUCGCGAAGAAGGUCGAUAAGUUGGUAAUUGAUAAAUAAUUAAUGAAUUAAUUGAUUUGUUUUUUUUUUUGGAAUUGCGUGGUAUAUAACACACGAGAGUGAAAUAUUAGUGAAAGAUAUAAACACGUAUAGAUAAAUAUGAUUUUCGAAUUUAGUCUGACAUCUGGUGGAUAA